AUGGCACCUUCGGGGUACACUAUCAGACUACAGAAGGGUAUCCGAGGAGGCUUCGCGCCCCCUACCCCAACCGCAAUUCUCAGCUUAGCCAAAGAUGCCGACAACUCGUACAUCAGCAUCUACGAAUCUAUUCGUCCAGAUGGCGGAUCAGGCCUGGAAGAUAAACCUGAGAGAACAGUCGACUCAUCGGACGAGGUAGAAGGUCUUGUCACUGAACUUUAUGAGAUUCUGCAAGAUUUGCCCUUGGAGAGUCCACCGGGGUCAGAGGAUAUUUAUGGAAAGGAUAUUUCUAUUUCGUGGAGCAGUGAUGAUUUCGCGUGGUGUAAUGGCGGUCAGCAGGGGUGUGUGGGAGGGGACAGUGAUGUUCAUAGCUGA